CGCUAAAGGAGCGCGGUGGGCGCGGGGCGGAGCGGGCGCGGAGGAGCCGGGCGGAGCGGUGCGGUGAGGGCUCCGCGGCGCUGACACGGGGUAACUGAUAGUGGACGCCUUCACUUUCUGCAAUGGCACAGAGGUUGGGACAGGAAGAUCCGGAGAGAUACCUUUUUGUGGAUAGGGCUGUGAUCUACAACCCUGCCACCCAGGCUGAUUGGACUGCUAAAAAGUUGGUGUGGAUUCCUUCGGAGCGCCAUGGUUUUGAGGCAGCCAGCAUCAAGGAGGAAAAAGGGGAUGAAGUGUUGGUUGAACUGGCAGAGAAUGGAAAGAAAGCACUAGUCAAUAAAGAUGAUAUUCAGAAGAUGAAUCCCCCCAAGUUCUCUAAAGUGGAAGACAUGGCAGAGUUGACCUGUUUAAAUGAAGCCUCUGUACUGCACAAUUUAAAGGAUCGGUAUUACUCUGGGCUCAUCUAUACCUAUUCAGGGCUGUUCUGCGUAGUUAUAAACCCUUACAAGAACCUCCCGAUUUACUCGGAAAACAUCAUUGAGAUGUACAGAGGGAAGAAGCGCCAUGAAAUGCCACCGCACAUCUAUGCAAUAUCUGAAUCUGCAUAUCGAUGCAUGCUCCAAGACCGUGAGGACCAAUCCAUUCUCUGCACAGGUGAAUCCGGUGCUGGGAAGACUGAGAACACUAAGAAGGUUAUUCAGUACCUUGCUCAUGUUGCUUCCUCCCAUAAAGGAAGAAAGGACCAUAACAUUCCUCCCGAAUCACCUAAACCCGUGAAACACCAGGGGGAGCUGGAACGUCAGCUGCUUCAGGCGAAUCCCAUUCUGGAAUCCUUUGGGAACGCAAAGACAGUGAAAAAUGACAACUCCUCCCGCUUUGGCAAGUUCAUUAGGAUUAACUUCGAUGUUACCGGUUACAUCGUCGGGGCCAACAUCGAGACCUACUUGUUGGAGAAGUCUCGUGCGGUUCGCCAGGCUAAAGAUGAGCGGACAUUUCAUAUCUUCUAUCAGCUGCUGGCUGGAGCAGGAGAACACCUCAAGUCCGACUUGCUGCUUGAAGGGUUUAACAACUACAGAUUUCUAUCUAAUGGCUACAUCCCCAUUCCUGGGCAGCAAGAUAAGGAUAACUUCCAGGAGACCAUGGAAGCCAUGCAUAUCAUGGGAUUUUCGCACGAUGAGAUCUUGUCAAUGCUGAAAGUGGUGUCUUCAGUGCUACAGUUCGGAAAUAUUUCCUUUAAGAAGGAGAGAAACACUGAUCAAGCAUCAAUGCCUGAGAACACUGUCGCACAGAAACUCUGCCACCUGCUGGGAAUGAACGUGAUGGAGUUCACCCGGGCCAUACUGACACCGCGCAUCAAAGUGGGCAGAGACUACGUCCAGAAAGCCCAGACCAAAGAACAAGCUGACUUUGCGGUGGAAGCUUUGGCAAAGGCCACCUAUGAACGUCUCUUCCGCUGGCUUGUUCACCGCAUUAAUAAAGCUUUGGACAGGACCAAACGACAGGGAGCAUCUUUUAUUGGGAUUCUGGAUAUUGCUGGAUUUGAAAUCUUCGAGCUGAACUCCUUUGAGCAGCUCUGCAUUAACUACACCAACGAGAAGCUUCAGCAGUUAUUUAACCACACAAUGUUUAUCCUGGAGCAAGAGGAGUACCAGCGAGAGGGCAUAGAGUGGAAUUUCAUUGACUUUGGACUGGACCUGCAGCCUUGCAUUGACUUAAUCGAAAGACCUGCAAAUCCUCCUGGUGUGUUAGCGCUGCUGGAUGAGGAAUGCUGGUUCCCUAAAGCUACUGACAAGACAUUUGUGGAAAAACUGGUCCAAGAGCAAGGAACCCACUCCAAGUUCCAAAAACCAAGACAGCUAAAGGACAAAGCGGAUUUCUGCAUUAUCCACUAUGCAGGGAAGGUGGACUACAAGGCAGAUGAGUGGCUGAUGAAGAACAUGGACCCCCUGAAUGACAACGUGGCUACACUCUUGCACCAGUCUUCUGACAAGUUUGUUGCAGAGCUUUGGAAGGAUGUGGAUCGGAUUGUGGGUCUGGAUCAGGUGACUGGAAUAACAGAGACAGCGUUCGGGUCUGCGUACAAGACCAAGAAGGGCAUGUUCCGUACUGUUGGCCAGCUCUACAAGGAAUCUCUCACAAAGCUGAUGGCGACGCUGCGGAACACCAAUCCCAAUUUUGUUCGAUGCAUCAUUCCAAAUCACGAGAAAAGGGCUGGAAAAUUGGAUCCACAUCUGGUUCUAGAUCAGCUGCGUUGCAAUGGUGUUUUGGAAGGAAUAAGGAUUUGUCGACAAGGAUUUCCAAACAGGAUAGUGUUCCAGGAGUUUAGGCAGAGGUACGAGAUCCUCACUCCCAAUGCGAUUCCAAAAGGUUUUAUGGAUGGUAAGCAAGCCUGUGAGCGCAUGAUCAGAGCCUUAGAGCUGGACCCCAACUUAUACAGAAUUGGACAGAGCAAGAUCUUUUUCCGAGCUGGUGUCUUGGCACACUUAGAAGAAGAACGAGAUCUGAAGAUCACAGACAUUAUCAUCUUCUUCCAGGCAGUCUGUAGAGGAUACCUGGCUAGGAAGGCCUUUGCAAAGAAACAGCAACAACUGAGUGCACUGAAAAUCCUGCAGAGGAAUUGUGCUGCGUACUUAAAGCUUCGGCACUGGCAGUGGUGGAGAGUCUUCACAAAGGUGAAGCCUCUCCUUCAGGUCACUCGUCAAGAAGAAGAACUUCAAGCCAAGGACGAGGAACUAAUGAAGGUGAAAGAAAAACAGACAAAAGUGGAGGCAGAACUUGAGGAGAUGGAAAGGAAACAUCAACAGCUUCUAGAAGAGAAGAAUAUUCUCGCCGAGCAGCUACAGGCUGAGACAGAGCUCUUUGCAGAAGCUGAGGAGAUGAGGGCUCGCUUGGCUGCCAAAAAACAAGAGCUGGAAGAAAUUCUCCAUGAUUUGGAGUCCAGGGUUGAGGAGGAAGAGGAAAGAAACCAAAUAUUGCAGAAUGAGAAAAAGAAGAUGCAGGGACAUAUUCAGGACCUAGAGGAACAGCUUGAUGAGGAGGAGGGAGCUCGACAGAAGUUGCAGCUUGAAAAAGUAACGGCUGAAGCUAAGAUCAAGAAGAUGGAGGAAGAGAUCCUGCUGCUGGAGGACCAAAAUUCCAAGUUUUUAAAGGAGAAGAAGCUGAUGGAAGAUCGAAUAGCUGAAUGUACUUCUCAGCUGGCUGAAGAAGAAGAAAAGGCCAAAAACUUGGCCAAACUCAAGAACAAACAGGAGAUGAUGAUCACUGAUCUGGAAGAGCGCUUAAAAAAGGAGGAGAAGACCCGUCAAGAACUGGAAAAAGCCAAAAGAAAACUUGAUGGUGAAACCACAGACCUACAGGACCAAAUAGCAGAGCUGCAGGCCCAGAUUGAAGAACUGAAGAUCCAGCUGGCCAAGAAAGAGGAGGAACUGCAGGCUGCUCUCGCCAGAGGUGAUGAAGAAGCAGUUCAGAAAAACAACGCACUGAAAGUGAUAAGAGAGUUGCAGGCUCAAAUUGCAGAACUCCAGGAGGAUCUCGAAUCUGAGAAGGCAUCGCGCAACAAGGCAGAAAAGCAGAAAAGAGAUUUAAGUGAGGAGUUGGAGGCUUUGAAAACUGAACUGGAAGAUACCUUGGAUACCACGGCAGCACAGCAAGAGCUGAGGACAAAGCGUGAGCAGGAGGUGGCUGAACUGAAGAAAGCAAUUGAAGAGGAAACCAAAAACCAUGAAGCACAAAUCCAGGAAAUCAGGCAGAGGCAUGCUACAGCACUGGAGGAGCUCUCUGAACAACUUGAACAGGCCAAAAGGUUCAAAGCAAAUCUUGAAAAGAACAAGCAAGGCCUAGAGUCGGACAACAAGGAGUUGGCCUGUGAGGUGAAGGUGCUGCAGCAGGUCAAGGCAGAGUCUGAGCACAAGAGGAAGAAGCUUGACGCUCAGGUGCAAGAGCUGACUGCUAAGGUGUCGGAAGGUGAAAGACUGAGGGUGGAGCUGGCAGAGAAGGCUAACAAGCUGCAGAACGAGUUGGAUAAUGUCUCAAGCCUCCUGGAGGAAGCAGAGAAGAAAGGCAUUAAGUUUGCCAAGGAUGCGGCUAGCUUGGAAUCUCAGCUUCAGGAUACACAGGAGCUGCUUCAGGAAGAGACCCGACAGAAACUCAACCUGAGCAGCAGGAUUAGGCAACUGGAAGAGGAGAAGAACAACCUGCAGGAGCAGCAGGAAGAGGAAGAAGAGGCCAGAAAGAACUUGGAGAAACAAAUGCUCGCCUUGCAGGCACAGUUGGCUGAUGCUAAGAAGAAGGUAGAUGAUGACUUGGGAACCAUUGAAGGUUUGGAGGAAACUAAAAAGAAAUUACUGAAGGAUAUGGAAUCCUUGAGCCAGCGCUUAGAGGAGAAGGCGAUAGCUUACGACAAACUGGAAAAGACAAAGAAUCGCCUGCAGCAAGAGCUGGAUGACUUGAUGGUGGAUCUCGAUCAUCAGCGCCAGAUUGUUUCAAACUUGGAGAAAAAGCAGAAGAAGUUUGAUCAGAUGCUGGCGGAAGAGAAGAAUAUUUCUGCCAGGUAUGCAGAGGAAAGAGAUCGUGCUGAAGCAGAAGCCAGGGAGAAGGAAACCAAAGCACUGUCUCUGGCUCGGGCUUUGGAAGAAGCCCUGGAAGUGAAGGAUGAGUUUGAAAGACAGAACAAGCAGUUGCGUGCAGAUAUGGAAGAUUUAAUGAGCUCUAAAGAUGAUGUGGGCAAAAACGUCCAUGAACUGGAGAAGUCAAAGCGAACUUUGGAGCAACAGGUUGAAGAGAUGAGGACUCAGCUUGAGGAACUGGAAGAUGAGCUGCAGGCUACCGAAGAUGCCAAGCUUCGUCUGGAGGUGAACAUGCAAGCCAUGAAAGCGCAGUUUGAGAGAGAUCUGCAAGCCAGAGAUGAACAGAAUGAAGAGAAAAAGAGGAUGCUAGUUAAACAAGUGCGAGAGCUGGAGGCAGAACUGGAAGACGAGCGCAAACAGAGGGCGCUUGCUGUGGCAGCCAAGAAGAAAAUGGAGAUGGAUCUGAAAGACCUGGAAGGUCAGAUAGAAGCUGCAAACAAGGGUCGAGAUGAAGCCAUCAAACAGCUACGCAAGCUCCAGGCUCAAAUGAAAGACUACCAGCGGGAGCUGGAGGAAGCCCGUGCGUCCAGAGAUGAGAUCUUUGCACAGUCCAAAGAGAGUGAAAAGAAGCUCAAAGGUCUGGAAGCAGAAAUACUCCAGCUCCAGGAGGAGUUUGCUGCAUCUGAAAGAGCCCGUCGUCAUGCUGAGCAAGAGAGGGAUGAGCUGGCUGAUGAGAUUGCAAACAGUGCUUCAGGAAAGUCAGCGCUGCUGGAUGAGAAGCGCCGGCUGGAAGCUCGGAUUGCACAGUUGGAGGAAGAGCUUGAGGAAGAGCAGAGCAACAUGGAGCUUCUCAAUGACCGGUUCCGAAAGACCACGCUGCAGGUUGACACGCUUAAUUCUGAGCUGGCUGGGGAGCGGAGCGCUGCCCAGAAAAGUGAAAAUGCACGGCAGCAACUGGAGAGGCAGAACAAAGAGCUGAAAGCCAAGCUGCAGGAACUGGAGGGAUCUGUGAAGUCGAAGUUCAAGGCAACAAUUUCUACUCUAGAAGCCAAGAUUGUGCAGCUGGAAGAGCAACUUGAGCAGGAAGCCAAGGAAAGAGCAGCUGCUAACAAACUGGUCCGUCGUACAGAGAAGAAAUUGAAAGAAGUCUUCAUGCAGGUGGAGGAUGAGCGUCGACACGCGGACCAGUACAAAGAACAGAUGGAGAAAGCAAAUGCCAGAAUGAAGCAGCUCAAACGCCAGCUGGAGGAGGCUGAAGAGGAAGCCACACGUGCAAAUGCUUCCCGACGCAAACUUCAGCGUGAGCUGGAUGAUGCCACGGAGGCGAACGAGGGCUUGAGCCGGGAGGUCAGCACCCUGAAGAACAGGCUAAGGAGGGGAGGCCCCAUCACCUUCUCCUCGAGCCGGUCCGGGAGACGCCAGCUGCACAUCGAAGGGGCCUCUCUGGAGCUCUCGGACGAUGAUGCGGAGAGCAAAGGCAGCGACGUGAACGAAGCGCAGCCGGCCCCUGCGGAGUAGAGCCCCUCACGCCGUUUGCAUGCAGAGACUCGUUACCCAGUAGUCGGCAGGAGGAGGAGGACUUUCCUGACCACCGGACUGCCUUGUGGCCGUAACUCUGCCUUACGAAACGUCAGCAUGCUACAAGGUUCCCUAGUGUAGGUCAGCUCUGUCUUACGGCUCUCCAGCCUCCCCCUGCUCAGAUAUAGGUACAACCGCUUUUUUAUAGAGUAAACAGAACGGGAUCUUCUCUGUUAAGUGCAUCCAUUUUCCAGAUACUUAUUGCGAAGCCAUUUUAUAAAGCACCAUGUGAAGGAGGAAACUUUUUUUAUCGAGAAACGUCAUUCCCGGGUGGGCGUUGGGACAGACCCAUUGUCACGGCUAUGCAUGCUUUGUUGUACAGACAACAUCCUUCUACCGCUUCUGUGCUCGGCCGGCCCUCACCUGCCUCGCGUCGGCUGGAUCAUUGAAGACCAAACUGCACCCGUAUCUUUCUUUUCUCCUAAUUGUUGUGAUUGGCACACAAUCAGCAAGCAAACUGUGAACAGGCCUUGGGAAGCGUUAGAGGGAAAUGUAGGGAUGAGUGAGUAGUGUCCAUUUUUAACCCACAAUACCAUUUUGAAGUGUUCUCAGCACCCGCAUCAUCAGUCAGUGUCCUGGCAGCACAGGCUUGCUGGGCUAGCGUCAUUGUUCCUCAUCUGUACAGUGCUCCCGCCUCUAGAGACCUGCGAAUUCCAUACCCAGCAGAUCCUGUAUAUAUUCCAGCUAGAAUAACGCAAACACCAGGAAAUAAACAUACAACACAGGCAAAACUAAUUUAUUACUGUAUGGCUGAGUUGGUCCCCAUGGAGCUGAGUGGCUGCAUUGUGGGCAGGGGCUCACGGGACACCCCGGCAGCCAGGCCGGUGUUCCCGAGGGUGCCGGCACCGCGGGCAGGGUGUCCGGGAUGGAUGUUGCCUGCCUGCGAGUUAACAAGCCAGUGGAUGUGAAUCCUUUGUUGUUGUUGUUGUUGGUUCUUUCUUUUGAGCAGUAUUACAGCGAGUAGUUAGCGUUCAUUUUGUUUAAAUUAGCCGAAAAGCUGACAUUACAGAAAGUGCCUUCGACACUACCGUACUGAGACAGCGUUUCCUCUAUGAUUUGCCUCUAUAACAAUGACUUAAUGUAUUAAUUUUGACUGUGCUUCAUAUCACGUACCUCUCUAGUCCAAGUGGUAUUAUUGGUGUUAGUGACAAUGAAUCAGUGUUAACUAGGAAACCUCCUCUGCCACAGGCUCGGAAUCCAUGGAGUUCCUUUUUUUUUGGUUAAAAGCUUUAACAUCCGUUGCAAAGGUUUUGUUGUGUGUUUGGAUACUUUUAAGCGAACUGGCUGUUGACCACCAGGCACCCGACUGCAAAUAUCUUGUUUUCUUGUAUACCCAUAUUUCUAGACAAUGAUUUUUGUAAGACAAUAAAUUUAUUCAUUAUA